GAGAGAGAGAGAGAGAGAGAGAGAGAGGUGACCUGACCCGCUAAGUGUGAAGUGAGCUCGUAUGGCAAACUCAGAGACAAGAAUGAGUACCAACAACCUAUUAGGAGGUGAGUAUCAGGUGUUUCUGAGUUUUAGAGGGCUCGAUACUCGUCGGGGAAUCACCAAUAGCCUCUACCAUGCCUUGGUAGAUGCUGGAAUUCGAGUUUUCAUGGAUGAUGAAGAGCUUCGACCAGGAGAAAGAAUUAGUGGCAACCUUCUCCUAGCGAUCGAUGACUCUAAGCUUUACAUACCCAUCUUCUCCCAAAACUAUGCUUCGAGUCAUUGGUGCCUCCACGAGCUUGCAAAGAUGGUGGAGAACACCUCUAAAUCUAAAGAAGAGGGGAAUGAGAAGGUGAUAUUGCCCAUCUUUUAUGACGUGAAACCUGCUGAUGUGAAAUUGAAAUCCCCAUUGUACCUUGAUGCCAUAUUGAAUUUGGAGCAAAGGAAGGAUCAAAAGAAGAAGUUUAGCUUCGAGGAUGUAGAGUCGUGGCGUGAGGCUCUCAAUGAAGUUGAUGACACCAAGGGGUGGGAGCUGAAGAAAUAUUCGGGCGAUGGGGAUCUUAUCGAGGCUGUUGUUGUGGAGGUUGUGGUUAGGCUCAAGACAAGACAAAGAAAAGUGACUAGAGAUUUAGUUGGAAUGGAGGAUCGAAUAGCAGCCAUAAAUGGUUUAUUGGACAUCCAAUCCGGUGGUGUGCGGGUUAUUGGAAUUUAUGGGAUGAGUGGCAUCGGUAAAUCAACACUUGCCAAGAUCAUCUAUAACCAACUAUGUCCUCGCUUUGGGAAAAACUGUAGCUUUCUUGAUGGUGUAAGGGAAACAGCAAAAACCAAGGGCUUAGUCAAGUUGCAAGAACAAUUGCUAUAUGAUAUCUCUAAUUCUAGAGUGGCUCACAACAUUGAUAACAUUGAUUAUGGAAUCAAUACGAUUAGAGAAACAAUUUGCAACAAGAAGGUACUAGUUGUAUUGGAUGAUGUUGAUGAGGGAAACCAAAUCGAAUACCUUAUUGGAAUUGAUUCUCUGUACAAUGGUACUAGGAUACUUGUUACCACUAGGGACAAAAGUGUUAUAAAAAUUAGGGGAUUGAAGUAUGAAAUUGUGCCUUAUGAAAUGGAGGUGUUAAGUGACAAAGAUGCACUUCAACUUUUUAGUAGGUUCAUUGCUUUUUCUUCAGAAAGAGGAAAAAUAUGGCAAGAGAUGCUAGAGAAGCUAAGAAAAACACCUACUAGCGAUGUCUUGGGAAAGCUAAGGAUUACUUAUGAUGCCUUAGAAAUGGAUCAGCAGCAAAUAUUCCUCGAUAUUGCAUGCUUUUUCAUUGAUAAAGAUAAGACUAAUCCAUUCUUUGUGUGGAAAGACUGUGAGUUUAGCCCAGAGUAUGCUAUUGAUGUCCUUAUUAACAAAUGCACUAUAAAGGUUUUAGACGAAAAUAAGUUUUGGAUGCAUGAUCAAUUUAGAGAUCUUGGAAGGACAAUUGCUAAUCAAGAGCAUUCCAGGUUGUGGGCUCCAGAUGACAUCAUUCAUGAAUUAAGAUCAAUAGAGAUCAAGAGUAGUGUUCAAGCACUGGAUUUGACAAAUUGGUCAAGGACUGAUGAUAACUUAACUAUCACUGCGGAGGAAAUUAAACGUUUCCCACAUCUUCGGCUACUGUGGUUGCAUAACAUAACCUGCCAAGGCGACUUUGCGGGCUGUCUUUCCGAAUUGAAAUGGAUCAGUUUGUUUUACCUUGAUAGAAGUUCUGAACGUCAUCCACGUUUUGAGGCAACCAAUUUGCAUCUAGAAAACGUGGUUGUGGGGAAUUUCGUUGGCCAUGAGUUCACGGAUGAUCAUGUCAGGGGCCUGAUCAAGGAUGGGAGGAAAUUGAAGGUUCUCACUCUUGAGAAUAAUAUGUCAAUUUACAGGACACCAACCUUUUUUGAAUACUCAGUUUUAGAGAAGUUGAGUAUUUCUAAAUGUUCAUCUUUGAUGGAAAUUGACUGCUCUAUCGGAAAACUGCGGUUGUUGACUGAUUUGAGUAUUGAGUCAUGUCAGAAUCUUGAAAAAUUACCUGAACAAAUUGGAGAGCUACCAAAUCUUCAGCACCUCUCUCUUAGGAAUUGUGACAGCUUGAGUGAACUCCCCAAAUCAAUUUCGAAACUAGAGUCAUUGAUGAACUUGGAUGUGUCUCACACACCUAUUACAGUAUUACAAGAUUCCAUUGGAAGACUAUCAAGCUUGUCAUCUCUCAAUGUAUCAUCCACACCGAUUGUGAAAGUGCCCAGUACAAUGAGCGAGCUUUGUCGCCUCCAAACACUGGACUUAGAGCAUUGUCAUAAGCUCCAAGAGUUGCCGGAGCUCCCUAAAAGUUUGACCACUCUACGGUUGAGAUCUAGUUCAUUGCAGACCGUGCCUAACCUCUCAAAUCUUACUAAUCUAGUUGAACUACUUCUAUCUGAUGGUUCUGAAUCUAAGGCCACAUCAAAUAUAAUUAAAGCUUGUGACCUACAAAGGAUAGGGAGGUUAUCCAAAUUGAGGAAGCAGCACUUGUGCCUUUUAAAUGUCCGCGCGCAGCCUACAGAGUUGGGCUCCCUUUCUCUCCUAAAAAAACUUACCAUGUAUGGAUUAGACUUUGAAUCCCUCGAACAACUUCCGUCAAACUUGAUAGUUCUAGAGCUCGAUCGCAUUCAAGUGAAACAAGUACAACUAGACGGGCUUCCUCAAUUGGAAAAGUUGACUAUCAGAAUGUGUGAACUUGUCAAAAGAUUAUCCUUUCCAUCGGGUUUAAGAAAAUUGAGAGAAGCUGAGGUGUCUUCUUGCACUGAGCUAGUCGAAGUUCAAUUUCUCGGUGCCUUAAUAUCAUUGGAGGAAUUAUGUAUUGAGGACUGCAGAUCUUUAGAGAGGUUUGUUAAUCCAUCGGAGGAGCCCGGGUGUAAUGAGCUACAAGCUACCAAGUUGACUAAUGGUGGGAGGAAAGUGUCCAUUGUCUCAAGCUUUCUAAAGAUGCUUCAAGUAUUCCAGCUGUUGAGGUGCCCAAAGCUAGAGGAGAUUCAAUUUGCUUGUAUGUUCAAAUCAUUGGGAGUCUUUUCUGUCGAAGGGUGCACUUCAUUAAAAAGGAUAGGCAGUUUGUCAAAUUUGAAGAACUUGACGCGGUUAGGUAUUGUAGAGUGUGAGAGCCUCCAAGUUGUAGAUGGCGUGGACGAAUUAGAGCAUUUGGAGCAGUUGAAAGUUUAUAGGUGCAGAUCAAUGGAAAGGAUGAUUGAUGUAUCAAGCUCAAAAAUACCAAAGGAGUGCCAGAUUCAAAUGAGGGAUUGUGGGGAGUUAUUGGACAUUGGUCCAAAUGAUUCAAGCAUCACUUGGGAGUCUUACAGAGAGAAGAUUCUGAAUGCCCCAGCACGAGUGUUGGGCUCAAAAUUUGAAACAACUCUUUACGACUGUGAAACAAAAACAGAAACAGGGGAUCUUCUAUUGGAACAGCAAGAUGAUAGUGACAAGCAUGAGGACGGUGACAAGGUUGAUGACAAGGAGGAUGACAAUAGCGAGGACAGUGGCAAGGAGGAUGACGACGAUGACAACCAUGUGCAUAUAGAUGAUGAUGAUGAUGGCAAGGAUGACGACGACGAUGACAACCAUGUGCAUAUAGAUGAUGAUGAUGGCAAGGAUGACGACGACGAUGACAACCAUGUGCAUAUAGAUGACGAUGAUGGCAAGGAGGAUGAUGAUGACGACAACCAUGUGCAUGUGGACAAUGAAGAUGAUGACAGCGAAGAUGAUGAGAAUGUGCAUUCAUUGGGCAGGCCUUCGCCGGUUUGUUCCAUGGACAAUAAUGAUAAGAAUGAGGGUGUUGACAAGGAAGGUCAAUGUGAAGGUGAUGGCAAUAGUGAUAGCAAGGACAACGAGGACGAGAAUGAUAACGGUGAGGAUGACGAGGACAACAAUGUACAUGAGCUUUUGCAUUCAUCUGACGGGCCUUCUCUGGUUGGUUCUGUGGACGGUAACGAUGAGAACGACAAUGUUGUCGAGGAAGGUCAGUGGGAAGACAACAUCAGCAGCCAUAGCAAGGACGACGAGGAUGAGGACGAUGAUGGUGAGGAUGACGAGGACAACAAUGUGCAUCGGCUUUCGCAUUUGUCUAGCGGGCCUUCUCUAGUUGGUUCCGUGGAUGGUAACGAUGAGAAUGAUGAUGUCGACGAGGAAGGUCAAUACGAAAGUGACGGCAACAGCCAUAGCAAGGAUGAUGAGGACGAGGACAAUGACGGUGAGGAUGACGAGGACAACAUUAUGCGUGAGCUUUCUCAAUCAUCUCGAGGGUCUUCACUGGUUGGUUCCGUAGAUGAUAAUGUCGAGAAUGACGAUUUCAAUGAGGAAGGCGAAGGUGACGGCUACAACUAUAGCUAUGGCGACGGCAAUGACGAUGAGGGCAAGGAUGAGGAUGAGGAGAGGGAUGAUGAAGAAGGCGAACAAGAGCAAGAUGACGGUGAUGACUACAACAACAACGAAUACGAUGACGACAAGGAAGACAAUGGCGGUAAAGAUGGUGACGAGGGUGACUACAAUGGCGAGGGUGAAUACAACAGCGAGGAUGAUGACGGCUACUAGGACAGCAAUGCGCAGGAGGUUCUAUGGUCAUCUCGCGGGCCUCCGCGAGUUCAUUUUGUGGACAAUGACAAUAAGAAGGAAGGUGGAAGGCAAAGGUGAAGGCGAAUGCGAUGGCAACAACGAGGACAAGAAAGAGGGCAUUGAUGAAGAGGCCGAAGAGGAGGUGAGUGAUGGAACGGAAUGGUGUACUCGGCUUCUUUUUUUCCUUCAAAACAUGCGGCGAGAUGAUUAUAGCUAGCAGCUGAAAGAUUGUCGAUGCCCAAUCCUUCCGGUCUCAAGAGCUGAUUGGCGACGUGACCCUGGUUUCUCGUCUUUUUUGGUUCUUAUUAGGUUUCCUUUUCAAUAGUUCAGAUGUUAAUUCCCUCCUUUCUUUUCCCACCAUAAAACGACUAUGGUGUGCAAGUGCCCCUAUUUAUAUCACGAAUUAGUUUGGAUCUUACUUGUUAAUCAGUUCUAAUUCUCUGUAUAUGCAUCUAAUUAUGUCGAAA